GUCUCAGAGCACCUCCAUCAAAUGCGUUCAUGUUCUGAAGAUGAUUUCACGAAGUUCCAGGGGCUUUUGUUCCUUAAAGAAGUUAUUUCCUGUCGUGAUUGUAGGGUCAUCUAGAGCCAAACACACUCUUCCCGAUUUGCCGUACGAUUACGAUGCUUUACAGCCUACAAUCAGCGCAGAAAUUAUGCAACUUCAUCACCAAAAGCAUCAUGCAACUUAUGUGAACAACUUGAAUGUAGCUGAAGAAAAGUUUGCUGAGGCUCAAGCCAAAGGUGAUACCAGUGCUAUGAUAUCACUCCAGCCAGCCUUGAAAUUCAAUGGAGGAGGACAUAUCAAUCACUCAAUAUUUUGGACAAAUCUGUCACCUAAUGGUGGAGGUGAACCAACAGGAGCCUUAAUGGAAGCAAUCAAGGAAGACUUUGGUUCAUUUGAAAACUUUAAAGAGAGGUUCAGUGCAGCAACUGUGGCCGUGCAGGGCUCAGGAUGGGGUUGGCUGGGUUAUAGCAAAGCUGACAAGGGCCUGGUGAUCACCACAUGUGCUAAUCAAGACCCUCUUCAGGCAACUACAGGAUUGGUGCCACUUCUUGGAAUUGAUGUGUGGGAGCACGCAUAUUAUCUGCAGUACAAGAAUGUGCGCCCUGACUAUGUAAAAGCCAUUUACAGUGUUAUCAACUGGGCUAAUGUUGCUGAGAGAUAUGAAGCAGCUAAAUUAUAGCAUAUUAAGUUGUUUGAGUAGGACUCUUGUUAUUUCUCUUGCAUGUAAACAUCAAAGUUGAAUUUUGUUGUCAAGUAUGUGAUAUGUUAAGGGUAACUGGUUUGGUGUUGUUAACCCUUCAACUCCCAGGUCAAAUUUGUAAUUCUCCUUACUGUCAACCAUACAAUUCUUAUAAUUUAAGUUCAGAGUAUUUAGUAUUGGAUCAACUAAUUAUCCCCAAAUUGAUAUUUUUCUUUAUUCUCAUCACUUAUCUGGUUGAUAUUGUAUUGGUAUUGUAAGGAGAAAUUCUGUCUUGGUCACUCAUGGGAGUUAAGGGUUAACAUGAUGUGACAGUCUUGAGGGUCUGUUUUGCCUAUUUACAUGUAGUCAGUUUUACCAAACAGCAGACCAUGAGUGAACUGCACUAUGUGAUAGAAUGCAGAAAUGGAGGUCUUUGUAGGUUACUGAUAAAUCCAAAGUGCAUUUAUAAAUAAAUAUAUGUGUGCAGUUCCAGAG